GUUUACAUCGGGGGUUGUCAAGUGUUGAAUUAACAAAUUGAGCCUAAUGUUCGUGUUUAAGGAGGAGUUGUUUGGUAACACGCACUAACAGCGGAGGUGCUUGGUGUGUUUUUAUUUCGCUCAGUAGAUUUUUUAAAAAUAUUUUUUUCCAGCUGGCGUGCGAAUAAAUCGUGUUAGCCAAUUAGCUUGCUAGCUAAAGGUAGCACGCCGAGCUAAUCUCCUCGCUUUAGAUAAUCCAAGUCCCUCUCUCUUUCACAUUGACAUCGUUUUCUCAUUCUGGUGUACAUCCUGCCAACGACCUGUGAAUGACGACUGUCUGCAGUGGACUGACUACUUCUUAUCGGUACAGUUUCAUAGACUGAUAACCAGCCUUACUUUUUCCUCUUAAGAUAAAACAUCCAGUGGAGAAAGAAGAUGGAGCUUCAUCUAAAUCGAGUUGACUACAUCCAGGUUGGAGUAACAUCCCAGAAAACUAUGAAGCUGCUCCCAACACUUGGAAAAAAGGCAACCCAGAAGGUUGCUAUCGCUGAUCAUGAUGGUGUAGUUAUAUGUUUUGGGAUGAAGAAGGGUGAAGCAGUGCCCGUGUUUAAAACACUUCCAGGGCAGAAAAUAUCCAGACUGGACCUCGGAGGAGCUGCGGGAACUCCACAGGAGAAGAUCUUUGUCUGUUCUGGUUCUCAGGUCCGAGGAUUUACAAAAAAAGGCAAACAGUUCCUCACCUUUGACGCCAACCUCACCGAGAACAUUAACGCCAUGCAUGUCUUAGGCGCCGACCUUUUUGUGUGUGCGAGUUACAUCUACAACCACUACUGUGACUGCAAGGACCAAGACUACUACCUCUCUGGAGACAAAAUCAACGACAUUGCAUGUUUGUCCUCUGAGAAUCUGACUCGCCUUGUCCCGGUCCUGGCGUGCCAAGAUCGGGUCCUCAGGGUCCUGCAGGGAUCUGAGCUCGCCUACGACAUUGAAGUCCCUGGCCCUCCAUCUGUCUUGGAGCUGUACAACAAAGAUGGAGGAGAGGAAAUCCUUUAUGGAACCACAGAUGGAAAAAUAGGAUUGGUUGAGAUUGGUGAGAGCUCAGCUGCAACUAAAUGGGAGAUUGACAAUGACAAAAAGAAAGGAGGAAUUCUCUGCAUUGACACGUACGAUAUUACUGGAGACGGAGUGAAUGACAUCCUGGUGGGCAGGGAUGAUGGGACGGUGGAGGUUUAUGGAUUUGACAGCUCGAGUGAGCCCACGUUACGUUUUGAGCAUGUGUUGUCAGAGAGUGUGACCUCCAUCCAGGGUGGCUGUGUGGGGAAAGAGUCCUAUGAUGAGGUCUUGACUGCCACUUAUACAGGAUGGGUGACUGGUUUGACCACUGAGCCCCAGAAGGCUGAAGCAGGUCCUGGAGAUGAGCUCAAGAUGAGCAAAGAGACCCAGUCCAAAGUGGAAGCACUCAGGGCUGAGUUAGAGCAGCUGCAGGCCAAAGUCCUGCAGGGCCGGGAACAGUACCAGCAGACCUCUCAGUCCAGUACUGCUGUCUCUGCUGUGCCCGUCUUCAGCAUUAAUGACAAGUUCACCCUCUGCCAGGAUGAUGCCAGCUACAGCCUCACCCUGGAGGUGCAGACUGCUAUCGACAACCUGCUGCUCCAGAGCGACGUCCCCAUUGACCUGCUGGAUGUGGAUAAGAACUCAGCCGUUGUCAGUUUCAGUGAAUGUGACUCAGAGCAGCCAAAUGGGAACUUCCUCCUGGCCACAUACAGAUGUCAGGCCAACACUACCAGACUUGAACUAAAGGUGAGGUCCAUUGAGGGACAGUAUGGCACCCUGCAGGCUUAUGUUACCCCCAGACUGCAACCCAAAACCUGCCAGGUCCGUCAGUACCAGAUUAAACCUCUGUCGCUCCACCAGCGGACACACAGCAUAGACCAAGAAAGGCCCAUGAACAGGCUCAGUCUGGUGGGGCAGUUCAGUUUUGCAGAGAUUCACUCUUGGGUGGUUUUCUGCUUGCCAGAGGUGCCAGAUAAAACACCAGCAGGGGAGAACAUCACUUUCUAUUUCCACAACACUUUCCUCAGCACGCAGCUUGAAGCCACCUACUGCAAAGGGGAGGGUCACUUCAAGUCCGACAACAUAUCUACCAUUUCCAUACUGAGUGAUGUUCUUUCAAAGGAAGCUACCAAACGGAAAAUCAACCUGAACAUUUCAUACGAUAUCAAUGAUGACUCUGUGAGCCACACUCUUAGGAUGAUCCAUCCAAAACUGGAGUGCCAGCUGUUGCUGGCUAAGAAAGUUCAGCUUAUUGAUGCACUUAAAGAGCUUCAGGUUCACGAGGGGAACGCAGACUUUCUCAUCCCAGAGUAUCGCAGCAUCUUGGAUGAGUCCACUAAUCUCCUGGAUGAGUACAAGAAGCAGCCAGCGCACCUUGAGAGGCUUUACGGCAUGAUCACAGACCUCUUCAUCGACAAAUUCAAGUUCAAAGGCCAGAAUGUGAAAACCAAGGUGUCCUCAUUACUGGAGAUUUUGGAUAAUUAUGAUUUGAAUUCCCUUUUAGAUUUUUUCAAUGAGGCAUAAUGUCAUGUAGCUCAGAGAGUUUUGUCUUUAUGUGGGAUAUUUUUGUAUUGUAAAUACAAUAGUUUUAUUUUAUGGUGGUUAGCAGUGUCACUGUCAUAAUGUAAUUUAGAUACUGUUGAUCCUAUCCAUGGUUUGCAAUAUUUAAAUAUUUAUCAUGUUUGUCAAUAGCA